AUGGCCUACAGAGCAGAUGACGACUACGACUACCUGUUCAAGGUGGUGCUCAUAGGCGACUCUGGUGUUGGAAAAUCCAACCUUUUGUCCAGGUUCACGCGCAACGAGUUCAGCCUCGAGUCUAAGUCUACCAUCGGCGUCGAGUUCGCCACUCGGAGCAUCCACGUUGAUGAGAAGAUCGUCAAGGCCCAGAUUUGGGACACCGCCGGCCAAGAAAGGUACCGUGCAAUUACAAGUGCAUACUACCGAGGAGCUGUUGGUGCUUUGCUUGUCUAUGACGUCACCCGGCAUGUUACGUUUGAGAAUGUUGAAAGAUGGUUAAAGGAGCUACGGGAUCAUACAGACUCCAAUAUCGUGAUAAUGCUCGUGGGUAACAAGGCUGACCUGCGUCACCUGCGUGCUGUUUCUGUUGAGGAUGCUAAGGCCUUUGCCGAGAGAGAAAACACCUUCUUUAUGGAGACAUCAGCACUCGAGUCUAUGAACGUUGAAAAUGCAUUCACUGAGGUCCUAACACAAAUAUACCAUGUAGUUAGCCGGAAAGCACUUGAGGUUGGGGAUGAUCCUGCAGCACUACCUAAGGGACAAACCAUAAAUGUCGGAAACAAGGAUGAUGUUUCAGCUGUUAAGAAAGCUAGUUGCUGUUCUGCUUAA